AUGAGUAAAAAGGGAAAAGGUUCGGAAAAGUUUCCGGACAGGCUGCACGACGAUAGUUCACCAGACUCUCCAUUCAACGACAAGUUUAUGUUUGAGGAGGGACAGAGGUUCCAGGGGAACCAGGAUGGUAGUGGUGGUAGUAGUAGCCCGGAGGGUAAACUCCAGGGCCGACAUACUUCGAUUUUGAAGAAUGGGCACGGGGACCACCACUUACGAUUACCAUCGAAGAAGAAGAACAACCACCGGAUUUCGUUUGGCGAUGGUAUCAGAGGCGAUGAUGGCGAAGGGCCGGAGGGGUUCGAUGGACUGAAGAAUGAUGAAUUCGAGGAGGUGAGUUUUGAAGGCGACCAGUGGUCUUUUGACAACACACCUAAUAUUAAACAAGGCGAAUUUGGCGAUAAUAUCAAAGAGGAGGAAGAAGAAGAAGAAGAAGAUAUUGGUACAGGUACCUCUGAUUCAAGUAAUUCCAAGCGUGUCAAACGUAUGCGUUGGGGUACCAAGAGAGAUAAAUCGGGUAAACCAUCUAUGGGAAGAGCCAAGACGCUUCGCUGGACUAAGAAGAACUUCCAUAACCCAUUCUCGGAUGAUGCUAGCCCCAACUCAGAACAGGACAGCUCUGAAGAUGAGAGGGACGAAAAUUACGACAGCUCCCAUAGACAGCACGAGAGAAGAACCAUUUAUUAUAACCUUCCAUUGCCUCAGGAACUACUCGAUGAGGACGGCCAUUCCAUCAUAAAUUACCCUCGUAAUAAGAUUAGAACUACAAAGUACACCCCGUUGACUUUCUUCCCGAAGAAUAUCGCUUUCCAAUUCAAGAAUGUGGCUAACGUAUACUUUUUGAUUUUGAUUAUUCUAGGUUUCUUUCAAAUCUUUGGUGUGUCAAACCCGGGUUUGGCAACAGUGCCAUUGAUUGUUAUUGUUGUGAUUACUGCUAUUAAGGAUGCUAUUGAAGAUUCUCGUAGAACUAUUUUGGAUAUGGAAGUUAAUAACACCCCAACACAUAUCUUGAAGGGAGUGGAAAACCCAAAUGUCUCAAAUGAUAAAGUCUCAGCAUGGAGAAAAUUCAAAAAGGCAAACACAAGACUGCUCUUCCGUUUCAUUGAUUUCUGUAAAGAAAACUUCACGGCUGAGGGUAAGAAAAAACGUGCCCAAAGGAAACGUCAUGAGAUGCAUCAAAAAAUGAGACAAUCAAAAACUCCAAGGAACUCUCUAGAUUCUGUUGGCUCUUACAGAAACUCAAUGGAAUCCGAUUUCGCUGGUGACUUAACAACUCAAGACAAGGAUGAACUGUGCAUCUUGGAUCCAUCAUUACCACCUUUACCUGAUUGUAAGUUUGCCAAAGAUUAUUGGAAGAGUGUCAGUGUCGGAGAUAUCGUUAGAGUUCAUAACAAUGACGAAAUCCCAGCUGAUAUCAUUUUACUUUCUUCAUCUGAUUCAGAUGGUGCUUGUUACGUCGAGACUAAAAACUUGGAUGGUGAGACUAACUUGAAAGUUCGUCAAUCUUUGAAGUGCGCUCACAUGAUCAGAAACUCUCGCGAUAUCACGAGAACGAAAUUCACGGUCGAAAGUGAGGGUCCUCAUGCCAACUUGUACUCUUAUCAAGGUAAUUUGAAAUGGACCGAUAGAGAAACAGGUAUUGAGAAGAAUGAACCUAUUAAUAUCAACAACUUGCUUUUGCGUGGUUGCACUUUAAGAAACACAAAGUGGGCAAUGGGUAUUGUUAUUUUCACAGGUCCUGAUACCAAAAUUAUGUUAAACUCUGGUGUGACCCCAACAAAAAAAUCUAGAAUAUCUAGGGAUUUGAAUGUUUCUGUUUUCUACAAUUUCACAUUGUUAUUCAUCCUUUGUAUUGCUGCAGCUGUUGUUAACGGUGUAUACUACCGAGAAUCCAAUACGUCAAGAAAUUCUUUCGAAAUGGGUAGUAUUGGUGGCUCUCCAGCUGUAAAUGGUAUUGUAUCUUUCUUUGUCGCUGUUAUUUUGUAUCAAUCUGUUGUCCCCAUAUCAUUGUACAUUUCUAUUGAAAUUAUAAAAACAAUACAGGCUUUAUUCAUAUACGGUGAUGUCUCCUUGUACAACGAACGUUUAGAUUAUCCAUGUACACCAAAAUCCUGGACAAUAUCUGACGAUUUGGGGCAAAUCGAAUAUAUUUUCUCUGAUAAGACUGGUACUUUAACUCAGAAUGUCAUGGAAGUGAAGAAGUGUACUAUAAAUGGUGUUUCAUAUGGUAGAGCAUAUACUGAAGCUUUGGCCGGUCUCCGUAAGAGACAAGGUAUAGAUGUCGAAGAAGAGUCUGCUAGGGAAAAACAGGGAAUCAUCGAAGAUAAGGAACAAAUGAUUACCGAAUUGAAAGAAUUGGCACCUAACCCUCAACUACGCCCAGAAAACGUUACAUUCGUUAGUAAAGAGUUUGUUCAGGAUCUCAAGGGAGCAAGUGGCCCAGAACAGAAGAAAUGCAAUGAGAAUUUCAUGUUAGCAUUAGCCCUAUGUCAUUCCGUUUUAGUCGAACCUAGCAAAGACGAUCCUGAGAUUCUUGAUAUCAAAGCUCAAUCUCCAGAUGAGGCUGCCCUUGUAGGAACAGCAAGAGAUUUGGGUUUCAGUUUCAUUGGAAAAACGAAAACUGGUUUAGUGGUUGAUGUUCAGGGUGUUAAGAAGGAAUAUAGACUGCUCAAUGUUUUGGAGUUCAACUCAACGAGAAAAAGAAUGUCGUGUAUCAUUAAGAUUCCUUCUGAAAAUCCAAACGAAGAACCUAAAGCUCUUCUAAUAUGUAAAGGUGCGGACUCGAUUAUUUAUUCUAGGUUGAGUAAGAAUAAUGAUGUUAAACUAUUGGAGAGAACUGCUUUGCAAUUAGAGCAGUAUGCCACCGAAGGUUUAAGAACAUUAUGCAUAGCACAAAGAGAACUUACCUGGAAAGAAUAUGAAGAAUGGAACAAGAAGCAUGCGAUCGCAUCUGCUGAUCUCGGUAACCGUGAGGAUGAAAUGGAAAAAAUGGCUGAUCAAAUUGAGCGUGAGCUAACAUUGCUUGGUGGUACUGCUAUUGAAGAUCGUUUGCAAGACGGUGUUCCAGACUCUAUUGCUAUCCUUGCUGAAGCUGGUAUCAAAUUGUGGGUUUUGACUGGUGAUAAAGUCGAGACUGCUAUCAACAUCGGUUUCUCUUGUAAUUUACUAAACAAUGAUAUGGAAUUAUUAGUUAUUAAGGCUUCCGGAGACGACGUAGAGAAUUAUGGUGAUAGUCGCGCUGAAAUUGUUAGAAAUUUAAUCUUGAAGUACUUACACGAGAAAUUCAACAUGAAGGGUUCUGUUGAAGAAUUGGCAGAAGCCAAGAAAAUUCAUGAACCACCAAAGGGAAAUUAUGGUGUUGUUAUUGACGGUGAUGCUCUAAAACUUGCCUUGAACACAGAAGACGUAAGAAGAGAAUUUUUGCUCUUAUGUAAGCGUUGUAAGGCUGUUCUAUGUUGUAGAGUGUCACCUGCACAAAAGGCCGCAGUUGUGAAGUUGGUGAAAAACACUCUAGAUGUGAUGACUCUUGCUAUUGGUGAUGGUUCUAAUGAUGUUGCAAUGAUUCAAUCAGCCGAUAUUGGUAUUGGUAUUGCAGGUGAAGAAGGUAGACAAGCCGUUAUGUCUUCAGAUUAUGCUAUUGGUCAGUUCAGGUAUUUAUCGAGAUUAGUGCUCGUUCAUGGUAGAUGGUCAUACAAGAGAAUGGCUGAAAUGGUUCCUCUAUUUUUCUACAAGAAUGUUAUCUUCACACUCUCAUUGUUUUGGUAUGGUAUUUACAACAACUACGAUGGUUCAUACUUGUUUGAAUUCACCUAUUUGACGUUGUUUAACUUGGCAUUUACCUCUUUACCAGUCAUCUUUUUAGGUGUCUUAGACCAAGACGUCAACGAUGUUGUUUCAUUAGUCGUACCUCAGUUGUAUCGUUCUGGUAUUCUCAGAUCUGAAUGGAACAGAAAGAAGUUUUUCUUAUACUUAUUUGAUGGUAUUUACCAAUCCGUCAUUUGUUUCUUCUUCCCUUACUUAUGCUAUUACAAGACAGGUAUGGUUGCUAAGAAUGGGUUAGCUCUCGACCAUAGAUAUUGGGUUGGUAUAUUUGUUGCUCAUAUUGCGGUUCUUUCCGGUAACCUUUAUGUUCUUCUACACCAGUACCGCUGGGAUUGGCUCUCAACCUUGUUUAUUGCCUUGUCUUGUCUGUGUAUCUUUGCAUGGACUGGUAUCUGGUCGAGUUCGACCAACUCUGCCGAGUUCUUCAAGAGUGGUGCGCAUGUAUACGGUCAACCUAUAUUCUGGGCUGCAUUGUUCGUUGGUGUUCUGUUCUGCUUACUUCCUAGAUUCGCAAUUGAUAUAUUUUUGAGAACCUACAGACCCAAGGAUGUGGAUAUCAUUCGGGAAUGUUGGAAACGUGGUGACUUCGACCAUUACCCAGAAGGAUACGAUCCAACAGACCCUAACAGGCCCAAAAUCAAGAAGGUUGAUCCAUUGUACAAUAAAGAUCUGGAAUUUGUCCAGGUAUCCACAGAGAGUAUACGCACGGAAGAAAUCCAGUUGGAAGAAUUUUACAACCGUAGUUCGGAAAACCCAGGCAGUUUCCCCCACAACAGGCAUAAUAGAGGAGAAUCGGUUCGUUCGUCCUUAGACGUCACAAGAGAUGAAAUGAGAAACUCUCACCAAUUGGACAACAGAUACUCUGUAGAACGCGCGCGUCUCUCUUUGGACCUACCAGGUGUCACAAGAGCGUCUACAUUACUAAACGGUCAUGAUUAA